AUGGUACAAUAUAAUGCUCAAGAUUAUCAACAGCGUGGUAUAUUUGGACCAUUUUUUGCUACUAUGUUACUUACAUUAAUCGUUUGGAUAUAUAUGUAUAUUCGACGUAUUCAUUUUAUUCAAUCACGCAACAUUCAACCAGAACAAUUGAAGCGUACUGGCGAACUAGCACGAAUAACACCUCCAGCUGUAUCAAAUCCAUCGGAUAAUCUAAAGAAUUUAUUUGAAAUGCCUGUUUUGUUUUAUGCACUUUCACUCUACUUGUAUACAACGAAACACGUCGAUAUGAUAUAUAUUGCUGCUGCAUGGAUUUAUUUUAUAUUUCGAGUAUUUCAUAGUUUCAUCCAUUAUUUCUGCAAGGAAAAUCCGGAAAACGCAGACUUUAUUCAAGACAAUGGCAAGAUUUCUUGCCAUCAGUGCCAUGAUAAACAACAAACAUGUGCUACCAAAAGCAAUAAGAAAUCUUCAAUUCAACUUGAUACGUAUCAAAUCUCAAAAAAUCUGUCGGAUAUGUUGACAAGUAGCAGCACUACCACUCAAAUUGAAAAAACAGUGUUAUCAUCGACACCAGUGAACAAACUGACGAAUCUUGAAACAUUUUCACUCAUGUGGCUUGAUGCUAAUGUGCACACAACAGAAGAUAAUAUUGAUGCGCAAGUAAAAUUGAGAGAAGCAAUCAAUUUCUUGCAAACAUUCGAUAAAGAAAAUGAAUGCGAAGAAGCUAUACGAAACAUAGUUAAUGAGAAGGUUGUGUUAAUUGUGUCAGGAAGACUUGGACGAAAUGUUGUACCUCGCUUGCAUGAUUUAUCACAGUUGACUUGCGUUUAUGUUUAUUGCUUUGAUAAGGAUGGUAACAAACAAUGGUCUGACAAAUAUUCAAAGGUUAAAGGUGUAUUUACAGAACUCACUGAUGUCAUUAAAUGCUUAAAAAAAGAACAAAAAGUACGAGAAAAAGUGGAAAGUUCAGGAGUAAUAUCGAUUUUCAAUCGAUCAGAUAUAGAACAUACGCAUAAAAAUCUCAAAUCUGAAAAUAGUUCAUUUAUGUGGUUUCAAUUACUUAUUGAAGUAUUAAUUGGUAUGCAACAAAAUUUAGCAGCAAAGAAGGAAUUAAUUGAUGUUUGCAAACAACAAUAUCAAAGUAAUUUAAAAGAAUUAGCCAUUAUUGACGAAUUUGAACGUGAUUACGAUUGCUCGAAAGCUGUUUGGUGGUACACGAGAGAAGCUUUCUUAUAUCGUCUGUUAAAUAAGGCUUUACGCAUUCAAAAUAUUGACUUAUUAUUUGCCUUUCGCUUUUUUAUUACGGAUAUGUUUAAAAGUCUUAGUAAAGAGCACGAAAAGUUUAAAAACUUGUGUACUGACGAAUGUAUUCGAGUAUACCGGGGACAAAUUAUCUCGACGGACGAAUUCGAUCGAAUGCGUUCAAGUAUUGGUGAAUUUAUUUCAAUAAAUUCUUUCUUCUCAACUAGUCGCAAUCGAAAGCAAGCUAUUGGAUUUAUUAGCAGCGAGAAGCCAAUUGAUGAUAUACGACCCAUCUUAUUCGAUAUUCGAAUUGACAUCCAUUUAUCAGCGAAACCAUUUGCCGAUGUAACGAAACUGAGUUACUUUCAAGAGGAACAAGAAAUCAUAUUUAUGCUUGGUUCCGUGUUUCGAAUUUCAAAUAUUAUUUAUAGUGAACAAGAACUUGUGUGGAUAGCCGAAUUGGUGUUGUGCAGUGAAAACGAUCAUGAUCUAAAGGAUCUAUUUGCUUAUCAUAAAACGAAAAUUGGCCAAGAUUUCACAGAUGUUGUUACGCUAGGAGAUAUUUUAUUUAAAAUGGGAGAAUUCGACAAAGCGAAACAAUAUUAUAAUCGUAUCCUUAAUGAAUUAUCGAAAGUCGAUCUCACUGCUGCAAGUUGCUAUUUCGGAUUAGGUAAUGUUGCUAUCGAACAAGAUGAAUACUCUACAGCACUCACGCAUCAUCUUCAAGCUCUUGAAAUCAGACAGAAAUUUUUAUCUGGUAAUAAUCCUACGAUCGCAUCGAGUUAUAAUCAAAUCGGAGCGACUUUCCAGCGAUUAGUCAUUUAUGAUCGGGCUCUUGAAUAUGCCAUUAUUGGCUUAAAAAUGAGAUGUAAAUGUCUCGAUAGCAAUAAUGUUGAUCUCGCACAAAGUUAUCGUGAUAUUGGAAUUGUAUAUUUUCGACUCACUGCGCAUAGGCGAGCCUUGAAAAGCUUUGAAAAGGCACAUGAAAUCUAUAUUAAAGCUUUGCCAGAAAAUCAUCCUGAUAUCGCAGAAAAUUUAGGCUAUAUUGGCUAUGUUCAUAAAGCUCUUAAGGAAUACGAUUCAGCACUUCAAUAUUACCAGAAAGCGCUGGCAAUCGAUAAGAAAUCUCUACCGGAAAACCAUCCUGAUAUCGGGGUAAUAACUAAAUCAAUUGGCACCGUUUUCUAUUGUCAACACGAUUAUAAGUCCGCACUUGAAUAUUAUAGCCAAGCACUCGCAAUCUUUCGGAAAUCUCUACGACCGUCUCACCAUUUUACUGAAGAUGUUGAAGGGAUGAUAGAGCUCAUAAACAAGAAACUAUCGACAGCGUCGCAAGACACCGAUUAA